UUAACCAUACCGACGAUGGCCACAAUCUUCUAGACUGCAGGAAGACAGAGCCAUCGUUCCUGUGAACGUAAGUUUCUCCACGUCACCGAUAAAAAACUCACUGCCACGUCACCGAUAAAAAACUCACUGCCACGUCACCAAAACCUUCUUUUCUUUUCCUAUGGACCCUGUAGCUCAACAGACCGUUCUUUCUCCUCCUCAGCGUCUCUCUAUUUCCAACUCAAUUUUCCUGGGAGCCAACCGCAAAAAUUUUCCCGCUUAGUUUCUAAGUUUUACUCUUAAAUGGAAGUUAAAUUGCAGCAUCAUAGCUUCUUGAAUUCAAGCUCUUCAAAUCCAUGGCUUUCACAAAAUUCUAUUGCUCCCAGUAUCUCCUGCAAAAGAGUAGCUCAUUUGGAUUAUCUACUGAUCAAUUGGGGUAACUCAAGGAAAAGAUGCCUUGCGAAGCUUGCAUUGCGAGGGAAUGGUAACCAGAAUCUUAAUUACCAAUUGGUUCGAUAUAAGAAAUUUAAUCUGGCAUAUCGUAAGACAAGAAGGAUGGGCCACCUUUUUCCCCUAUCAUCUGCUGAUGAUGGUGUAACUGUCAAUGGUAGUCCUUCUGCUAGUACCAGUAGUGACGUGGAGGAAAUGAGACUUAAACUCAAUCAAUCACUACAAGUUGAUGAUUCAAGUGAUAAACUUGUUCAAUCUUUACAUGAUGCAGCAAGGGUUUUUGAGGUGGCAAUUAAAGAACAGGGUUUGCUAUCGAAGUUUUCCUGGCUUUCAUUGGCCUGGCUUGGUGUAGAUAGGAAUGCAUGGCUGAAAACGCUGUGCUAUCAGGCGUCUGUUUAUUCCUUACUACAAGCAGCACAUGAGAUUUCUUCCCAAGGUGAUGGUAAAGACAGAGAUGUGAAUAUUUUUGUUCAAAGGAGUUUAUUACGGCAAUCUGCUCCACUAGAGAGCUUGAUCAGGGAUAAACUAUCUGCUAAACAACCUGAAGCUUAUGAAUGGUUUUGGUCUAAGCAAGUUCCGAUGGUGGUGGCUUCUCUUCUUAAUUAUCUUGAAGAGGACCCACGCUUUACUUCUGCUGCUGCUGUGUUUGGCAAAGGCUUGUCCUUGAUUUCAGGCAAUGGAAGUGAUAUUUCACUUCUUUUAUUGGCACUAACAUGUAAUGCUGCAAUCACAAAACUUGGCAUCACAAAAGUUUCUUGCCCAAAAUUCUUCUCCAUGAUCUCAGAUAUAACUGGUAGAUUGAUGGACAUGCUGGUUGAUUUCAUUCCUGUACGCCAAGCUUAUCAUUCUAUAAAGCACAUUGGUCUACACAGGGAAUUUCUUUUACAUUUUGGGCCUCGAUUUGCGGCAUGCCGAGUAAAAAAUGAUCGUGGAUCAGAAGAGGUGAUUUUCUGGGUUAAUCUUGUACAGAAACAGCUCCAACAAGCUAUAGAUAGGGAGAGAAUAUGGUCAAGACUAACUACUUCUGAAAGUAUUGAGGUUUUGGAGAAGGAUUUGGCUAUAUUUGGAUUCUUUAUUGCCUUAGGAAGAAGUACAAGAUCCUUUUUAUCAGACCAUGGAUUUGAUGUUCUAGAUGAUCCUAUUGAAGGCUUCAUAGGGUACCUUAUUGGGGGUAGUGUUUUGUACUAUCCUCAGCUUUCAUCAAUAAGCUCCUAUCAGUUGUAUGUAGAGGUAGUUUGUGAGGAGCUGGAUUGGCUUCCUUUUUAUCCAGACAACAUUGGCACCCCAAAUCUGUCUCUUGGACACAAAAAUAAACAGAAGGAUCCUCCAAAUGCUGAAGCUAUCCCUCAAGUAUUAGACGUCUGCUCCCAUUGGAUCCAAAGCUUUAUUAAAUACAGUAAAUGGCUAGAGAAUCCAUCCAAUGUUAAGGCAGCAAGGUUUCUUUCCAGGGGGCACACCAAAUUAAUGGAGUGCAGGGAAGAACUAGGAAUGUCUUGGAAAAUGACAGAAAGCAAUAUCAAUUAUUCUGUUGAGAUAACAAGACCUGAAAUUAAUUUGAUGACUUAUAAAGAGACAGAUUCAUUCAACAAGGCAUUGGAGAGUGUUGAAGGAGCUCUUGUGAGACUCGAAAAACUACAUCAGGAGCUGCCUGCUUCGAGCUCUAAUUCUGGGAAAGAGCACAUAAAGGCUGCGUGUUCUGAUCUUGAGAAAAUAAGGAAACUGAAGAAAGAGGCUGAAUUUCUGGAGGCAUCAUUCAGAACAAAAGCAGCUUCGCUUCAGCAGGGAGAAGAUGAAAGUAGUCUACAAUCUUGUAUUAGCGAGCAGCAACAAUACUUGAAAGGGAAUGGGAGGAAGAAUGCUGAUGUAAGGCUAGAUAGAAGUAAAAGUAAAUUUCAAGGACUGUGGAACUUCCUUGUGUACUCUCCAACCAAGAAGCUUGGCCCUGAUGUGGCAGUUGUUGAUGCAUCUGGAGAUGCAGAUAUUGGGCAAACUACUACAAGUAUGGGUAUUGGAGAGUUGGAGUCAAAUGAAAUUCGUCGCUUUGAACUUCUAAGGAAUGAACUGAUGGAACUUGAAAAACGGGUUCAAAAAAGUACUGAUCAAUAUGAAAAUGAAGAGGAUAUUAAGGUUACAGAUGAUGGUGCUAAUUACCAUGAUGAGGCUGCAAGCUCUCAAUUAAUCCAGGUUCCAAGGAAUGAAAAUAUCAUCGAAAAAUCAAUUGUUAAGCUAAAGAAAACAAGCACGGAUGUGUUGCAAGGAACUCAGCUUCUAGCUAUUGAUGUUGCUGCUUCAAUGGGGUUGCUUAAAAGGCUCUUGAUUGGAGAUGAGUUAACAGAGAAAGAAAGAAAAACUCUCCGGAGAACUAUGAUAGACCUGGCAUCAGUGAUACCUAUUGGUGUUCUUAUGCUUCUUCCUGUUACUGCUGUGGGGCAUGCAGCAAUGUUGGCUGCUAUCCAGAGAUAUGUGCCAGCUUUGAUACCAUCCACAUAUGGACCAGAAAGGCUGGAUCUCUUGAGGCAACUUGAGAAAGUGAAGGAAAUGGAAACGAGUGAACUGGAUACCAAAGAAAAUGGAGAGGUACUAUCCUGAUCAGAAGCAGCCCAGAUUAUGAACAAUCGGACAGUGACAAAACCCUUCGAGAUUAGGUAUUCCAGGUAGGCACCAGUGACUGCAGUCCUGUGGAGCAUCAACCGGAGUGCCGGGCUCUCGAUGAUGAGAAGGGUGACCGUCAUACCUGAACUGUGACAGAUGCGUAAUGUUUAAGAACCGAACCUUCCUGUCUCCAUAAUCCAUCUCUUUGAUUACAGUAGAAAUUAUUUGGUUAUACACUGGCUCAGGUUCCAGCAUUAUGUAGUUUGCUUCUGGUUGUAUAUC